AUGACUCUCCUCAAGACUGGCCCUUGGCAAAACAACACUGCAUCUUCCUGGCUUGUGAAAUUCAGUUUUCUUUGGCUGUGUAGUCAGAACUGCUGCGGAGCGAGUGCAGUGUGGACCGCUUACAUGAACAUAUCAUUUCACGUUGGGAAUCGCAUGUUGUCAGAGUUGGGGGAGACUGGAGUAUUUGGAAGAAGCUCCGCUUUGAAGAGAGUGACGGGAGUUAUAGUGCCACCAGAGGGAAAAACUCAAAAUGCAUGUAAUCCCAAUACCAGUUUUAGCAGAUCACAGAACUCGGAGCCGUGGCUCGCACUCAUUGAACGGGGAGGUUGUACCUUCACACAGAAAAUUAAGGUAGCAACCGACAAGGGAGCCAGUGGAGUGAUCAUCUAUAACUUUCCGGGAACUGGCAAUCAGGUUUUCCCCAUGUCUCAUCAGGCAUUUGAAGACACCAUUGUAGUGAUGAUUGGUAACUUAAAAGGCACAGAAAUUUUGCAUUUAAUUCAGAAGGGAUUUCAUGUUACAGCUAUGGUUGCAGUGGGCAGAAAACACAUCAUCUGGAUGAAUCACUACUUUGUCUCCUUUAUGAUUGUCACAACUGCUACUUUAGCGUAUUUCAUCUUUUAUCACAUUCGAAGACUUUGGGUAGCAAGGAUUCAGCACAGGAGAUGGCAGCGAUUAACAACAGACCUCAAGAAAGCUUUUGGCCAACUCCAACUUAGGGUAUUAAAAGAGGGGGAUGAGGAAUUAAAUCCAAAUGGAGAUAGCUGUGUAGUUUGUUUUGAACCUUAUAAGCCUAAUGAUACAAUUCGUAUUCUGACUUGUAAGCACUUUUUCCACAAGAAUUGCAUUGACCCCUGGAUUCUAGCCCAUGGCACAUGCCCCAUGUGCAAAUGUGACAUUCUUAAAGCUUUGGGGAUUCAUGUGGAUAUUGAAGAUGGAACAGAAUCUCUGCAAGUUCUAAUGUUAAAUGAAAUGCCGGAAACCCUAACACCUAGGGAGGAGGAGACAAAUCAUGAACCUCCCCCUGCAAUAACAUCAGAAAAAGUGACCCAUGUGGAGGAGUACCCUGCUUCUCCGAACAAUGCCAGUCAGCCUAAUUUAGUACUGGAAACUGUACAUUCCUCGCCUUGA